AUGCCUAAUCAUGUUUCACUGCCGGAUUCCCUGGAGAGCCUACGGAUUAUGGGCUUGCCACCAGCAGCCUACUACAUUUCGGAUUUCAUCACCUCAGACGAGGAACAGAUGAUCCUUGAUAGAAUAGCGUCGGCGCCCAAACCUCGCUGGAAGCAGCUCACCCAUCGACGAUUACAGACCUGGCCAUCCGACCUGGUGAACAAUAAGUUGAUUGAUGCGCCGUUGCCGGCAUGGCUGGAGGAGCCUAUCGUAUCACGUCUGACAUCCCUACGUCUUGGGCCCGCCUCCGAAUCGUCCAAUAUAUUCGGCCACAGUCCUCAUUUGAAGCCGAACCAUGUUCUAAUAAACGAGUACCCAGCUGGAGUCGGCAUCAUGCCACACAAGGACGGGGCUGCGUAUCAUCCUGUCGUCUGUACUGUAAGCCUCGGAGCAAGCAUCUGCCUCGAUAUUCACAAGACCAAGGAUGACGGGACUCUGGACCAGGCACCCGCUUGGAGAAUUCUGCAAGAACCUAGAAGUCUACUCAUUACCACGUCAGAUCUUUACACUGGGUAUCUCCACGGUAUUGCUGAUAUCACAGAGGACGUCGAGCUUUCGGACGACACUGUUGCCAAUUGGACGUUACUGCGCUCAGGCGCCAGCUUUCAAGAAGGAAGAAACGUACGGCAAACACGGACCAGCUUGACGUAUCGGGAUGUGAUGAACGUCUCCAAAUUAGGAAGCAAGCUCGGAAUGUUCCGGAAGAAGUGA